AUGAGGGCGUUCCGCUUCGUCUUCCUCGGCUAUGUCGCUGCACUGGCUCUCGGCGCUCUUGUCGGCGUCGACAGGGUUGCCGACGCCGAGAGUGUGACCGACGGGUUACGGAGGAAAAAAAGCAAAGGAAAGAGAGGCCACUAUGACGUCAAUCUCGAAAUGACGCCGAUACCGCUAAAAAAAGGCAACGCAGACCCAGCUCCUUCGCCCGCGCCUUACGCCGAACCGGCUAAAUGGCCUUUCACUAGCUCUUGCGUGUAUAACGAGGUUGAGCUCUACCGUCCCGGAGUGAAAGAGUACCUGCAUGCACAGACAUAUGACCCCCUGGCUCCUAUUGCGAGCAACCAAAAGAACAACCUGCUGGCCCUCAGGGAGUUGAUGGGUUCCGAGUUCCUGACGCGAGGCGUUGCACAUGCCAAGAACGAUCUUUGCCUGAGACUCCGCGACCUUGUCGGCAGCGGGCUGCCUUGUCGCGCCCGUUCCGUUCCCGCGCUGGAUUGUGCGCAGCUGUCUCGGGCGCUCGUGGAGGCGUAUUUAGACGCUUUCGAAGGGGAACUUGCGGGUUCAGCCCCGUCGUCAGAAAACGACUGUGGAAAGGCGUAUGCACACGCCGUCGCUCUUCACGAUUUGCUGGUUAUCGAGCGUCCUCUCACUAUCGUUCACACGUCCGCCGAACCUGAAGAGUUGAGGGACAAACUGAAUGCCCUCUUCGGGGGAACUACUCGGGAAGUCCCAGCACCCUCAGCGGAGGAUCCCACAACCGAAACAGUUGACGACGGCCAACCAUCGCGAGGGUCAGCGGGCUCGUCCUCUUCAGAAACAGUCCCACAGUCGUCCCUCCUCUCGAUCGGUUCUCGGGCUGCCGUCUCCGACGUCUACGCCCAAGAAAACGCUGCUUCCGAUGGAGACUCGGCUACAGCCCCUUCGGCCUCGCAAGCGGCCGCCAGUUUGGUGGAACUCAGCAAACUGAAGAACAAACUACUCGGAAAGCCCCUCGGUCCUCCAGACACCACCGGCGUCCGGCCGUUCCCCUACGAACCUGGCCUCACUGCAACGCUGCAUGCCAGCACUGCGCGUCAUCUCUUCUUCGUCGGCGCCCGAAGCCCCAUUGUGUCCUUGCUGUAUAACCUCUUGUUCCAAGCCUGGUACCGGUGGGACGAACUGUUCACCGGCGAUGGCGCUUCUCGGCCCUUCCCGAGCAUCUCGACGCUCCUCCGAGCGGGGUCGCAGGAGCGGUUCAGCCACAUCGACGGACUCUGCGGAGUGGCUCUGAAGAAGCUGAAGCCGAAGCCCAAGACGCCCUCCACUCUGCCGACCAUCCCGAGAGAGAAAAUGUUUCGGCGAUCGCGCGUCGUGGGCAAAGCGAAGUUCUCCUGCGAUCUUCUCCACCGCACACUUGUGGCUCUCGACCUAGCCGAAUCGGCCGCCGUCACGGACUUCAACGCGCGAAUGGAGUCGCUUGACGACGAGAAGAAGAAGCGCAGCGUUCUCCUCGAGCACAGCGCCAGUGGAGCCUCGAAUUUCCGGCGGCUCUGUCUCGCCUUCCGCAAGAGCGUGGAGGGCGUCUCGGAUGUCACCAGCCUGGUGUCCUGCUCGUUCGCAGACACGGUCCUUACCCAGGCGUCGUCGACCACAGCGACGCCGAGCAGCUCUGAUGUUUCGGAAGAGGACCAAUUCGUUCUCCUGGAGACCAAGACUGGCGCCACGCCACCGGAAGAGAUGUCUGACGACGAAGACUCUCCAGAGGAGCAAGAGGCUGCGGCCCGCAGGAACUUCCAUUGGUUCAAGUUGCGAGCGGCUGCACAGCUGGGUGCCGCGAACGUCCGCGACGUGCUCAGCCUGGACUACGGCCCUUGGUGGACGCCGAUGCUUUUCGUCGACGAGCGGAGCUUGAAGGAGGUCGAAGGCAAAGCGACGAAGGUCAAGGCGACGUGCGCCAAGCUCGGCAAGAGCAAGAAGCCGGUCGCUGCCGACACCGUCUGCACGGCGACGUGGAAGAAAACUUGGUGGCAAAAGAACUGCUCGAAGAACUUGGCGCGAUUGCUCUGCAGCCCCGUCACAGACGUUCUCGGCCUCGACGGCCGGGGAACCACAUCGAAAGUCCUCAGAGCACUCGCGUCGAGCGACGCGCAAGUGAAGAAGGCGAGUCAGGCCACGAAGGGAAGGCCUUUCGCCUCCUUGGCAAGCAACCGAGCGACGCAACGAACGGUGUUCUCGAAGAACGCUUACGCUCCAGCCCUGCUCAGUGCCUUGCAAUUCUACUCGAGCUCCACGCUGUCAAACGCAGAACUCCUGGGCGGACUGGACCACCCGAGCAUUUGGGACAUUGGACUGAUCACGUCUCUCUUUGCGGGGAACGGGAAGAGACGGUGGCUCUUUAGCCGUUUCACCGGUUCUCUCAUGAGACGCCUUGGAACCCGACUCUCAGAGAAAGCGUACCAGCCGUCGAUGUUGCAGUUUUUGCAUCAGAAGCUGAGUCCGGAGACUCGUCGAAAAAUGUUCCAAGCUAUCCAAGUUUUGGUCCACCCACUGGCGAUGAAACACGUGAACCAGAUGGCCGUGCUGUACAGCGACAGCCGAGGGAAAAUCAACAGCGAAGGUGGCUUCGCCGAGGAGAUUGACAAGACUCUGAAGUCAUGGGCAACCCACGGCAUGAACGACAGACUCGUCAAAAAGAUGGAAGAGGGUGAUAACGUGACAGCGGCUGACUUCGCCGGGGUGAACAUUAUGACCAUGCCCAUUCCAACGCGCGAGACUCUGGACGCGAUGGUCGCCGAGCGCCUCGAUCGGUCCAUGCGCCGACUGCAGGAGAACCCUGAGAACGUCGAGAUGUCGCGCGCCGGUUGCGACUUCCUCAGCCACGCGUCGAACGCGAUCACCGUGAUCAACGACUCACGCUUCCUGCUGUCUCGAUUUGGAUCUGAAAACAUUAUGUUUCUGGGGAAAGUCGUGAAGCGCAGCGAAACGUCGAUGCGGUCUCAGGGGUUCUUCGCGCGGACAUGGUCAGGAAUGAAGACGACGCUGAGGAGUCUCCUGCGGCUGCCGCCGUACAUGGCCAGACACUUUGUCUUCGCGGUUGUCAAAGUCCGGGAAGACUUGGUGAGUCAAGUCGUGAAGGAAAUGGCCACGAUCUACAACCGCCACACGGCAGUCUUCAAGAACGAAAUUGCGUUCCGCAAAGCCGUCAGCGAGCUCAGCAUCACCUACGAAAAUCUCCUGCAAAAGAAGAUCCGAGAACCGUUCGCGGUCCCCGUGCACUCGCUCCUGGACAUGAUUCACCCGUACUACGCGCAGAUGGACGGCAAGACGCGCAACGAGGAGUUCCAGGCGUCGGCGCUGUCCCAGAUUUUCGCUCAGGCGUGGUCGCUGUUUUUCUCGGUGUCGAUGAACAACUACAUUAACCCGGAGGCGACGGCGAAACUGGAGGCCGAGUAUUCGAAGGAUGCCUGGAAGAAAUCCCUCACGGAUAACCUGGCUGUCAACUCGUUCCGAACCGUCUUCCUGGGCAGUGACAUGCCGCUGAAACUCUACGACCAGCUGAUCCCCAGAGAUCAGAAACAGAUGCUGAAGCGAGCGAAAUACGGCGUGGCUACCAUGUUCGCCUACCAAACCGUCAUGACGGGGCGUCUCUACUCGGCGCAGAGCCUGCCUAAUCUCGGCAUGUUCCUCAAGGCUCAAGGCCCCUACUUUGGACACAUGAUUGUCCGCUGGCAGAGAUCGCGCCGGGAUCAGCGCAUUGUGGAAAUCCUUUCCUGGAUCACCCUCGCCCUCUUCUGCUUCGCUGCUGUCGGCGUGGCCAUGCAACAAACCACUCAAGUGGUCGAGCAAGUCGCGCAAAACCAGAGCAGUCUAGCGCCGGAGCUCACCGGCUGUCCCCCGAUGGGAAUCUGCGUCGACGGGUCUAUCGGGGAUCCUGUCGCCUCGCCCCCCGCCGCUGCAACCAGUGCGGUGUUCCAGAGUCUCGCGCUCGUUGGAAUCGGCAUGCUGCUCGGCCCAGCGUUCGCAAUCUGGCAGAUUGCCGUGUCCCACAUCAAGAUUCUUGCGCGAUUUGAAAUGGUUGUCGCGAAUGCGUUCCGGCGCAUGGGGCGGUGGUUCCACAAGAAGUGGAGAGGCCGCUGGUUCUCCAAGAAGCAAAACGAGGCAAUUCAGAAGGAAAUGGAGAGGCAAACCGGCAAGCUCAAGGCCGAGCAAGCAAAGUUGGCGAGUCAAAAAUCCCCCGAUCUCAUCGAUCAGAGUGUCUCUUCUACCGCACCUGGUCUGGACUUUGGUGCC